GGUUAAAAAGACAGAGAGGGAGGGUCCUAUAAGGGGCGUUGUGCAGUUUAACUUCUGUCCUGCUUCAACUGUCAACACACACAGAAACUCAUUUUGCUCCAUAGCGUGGCCCAAAGGAGACAUAUUUACUUCACUAUAGCUGAAAGACGCUGGCCUGAAACUUCUAUAAGCUGAAGUUUGGUAAAACAUCUUCUCUGGCACUCCUGGACUACCAUUAACUGAGGUGUCCCACCAUGGCCUGGGUCACGGCGUUAAUAACAGCCAUAUCCUGCUUGCUGAUGAGCCGGGGCUACUGCCAAUCAAACUCCUCCAAUGACUUCCUGUUCUCCAAUGACCCCGCAGCCAUCCAUGCUACCCUCUCACCCCUGCCCCUCCUCUUGGAGCUGGAGAGGUCAAAUGACAUGACCCCCAAUCCUAAAAGCACUCUUCAUGCCUCCUCACACUCCUCCUCCCCUUCUUCAUCCUUUGUUCUUGGGAAUGGUUCGGCUCUUGCCCGUUCUUCUCCCCCGCCACCCUCCUGCUCGCGGGUGACGGCCAUGAAACCAGUGUUAAAGUAUGUGAACACGGUGUUGUCCUGCAUUAUCUUCGUGGUGGGCAUGGUGGGCAAUGCCACCCUGCUGAGCAUCAUCUGCCAGAACAAGAUCAUGAGGAAUGGGCCCAACGCCCUCAUCGCCAGCUUGGCCCUGGGGGACCUCAUCUACAUCGCCAUUGAUAUCCCCAUCAUCGUCUAUAAAUUGUUGGCGAUGCAGUGGCCAUUUGCAGACCAGCCGUUUGGCUUUUUCCUGUGUAAGCUGUUUCCAUUCCUUCAAAAGGCUUCUGUUGGGAUAACAGUGCUCAACCUGUGCGCCCUGAGUGUGGACAGGUACCGUGCUGUGGCCUCGUGGAGUCGUGUGCAGGGUGUAGGCAUCCCUUCUUCAACUGCAGUGGAGAUCGUGUGUAUCUGGUUGCUGUCCAUUGUGUUGGCCAUUCCAGAAGCUAUGGCCUUUGACAUAAUCAGCUUCGAGCACAACAAUGUGACCGCGCAUACCUGCAUGCUCAAAGCAGAGACAAAGUUUAUAAUUUUUUACAGAAAUAUAAAGGACUGGUGGUUGUUUGGCUUUUAUUUCUGCAUGCCGCUGUUAUGUACAGCCUUCUUCUACACUCUGAUGACCUGCGAGAUGCUGAAUCACAGGAAAGGAAGCCUGAGAAUCGCUUUGAGUGAACACCUCAAACAGAGGCGUGAGGUAGCGAAGGUAGUGUUUUCUCUGGUGCUGAUCUUUGCUCUGUGCUGGUUCCCUCUGCACCUGAGCCGCAUUCUGAAGAAAAUGGCUUACACUGCAGAGGACACUGGACGCUGUGAUCUGCUUAAUUUCUUGCUGGUAUUUGAUUACUUCAGCAUCAAUCUGGCAACCAUAAACUCCUGCAUCAACCCCAUCAUACUCUGUUUUGUGAGCAAGAAGUUUAAAAAUUGCUUCAAGUCAUGUUUGUGCUGUUGGUUUUAUUCGGGUUCACUGUUGAACAGCACGGGAACCAGUAACCUGUACAAAAACCCUGACCUCCACAACGUCCCUACAGAUCGCACAGCACUACGCAAAGCCAGCUACAACUGAUCCUGAUACAUUUUUACAACAUGCGUUUUUGCUGAUGCUGCAAGAGAAACUGAUUACACUGAUGAGCACUGGCUAUGGACACGCCUGAGGUUUGUGUAAAGAAGCUAUGGCCUGACACUGAAUGGGUCACUACAAGGAAUGGGUCUUUGGACUGCACUGCAGUGUGACUAUAAAGCAGAUGUUCCACUCUGACCACUUCAUUCCAUCCUUUCUCUGAAGGUUACUGUCCUUCUUUGUUUACUUGUCUAUCACUUAAAAUCUUCAUUGACUGUUAAUACAAACCACACUUCAUUGAUUACAUUGAUCAACAAUGACUCACACUAUAAUCAUACAGAAAAUUACUGUAUUUUUGGCUGCUGUAUUAAUAUUGUUUUUUUUGUAUUUAAAGGGGACUUUGGAAAGAAGACUUUAACUCUUGUAUUGCCAUAGUUACUGCCAGUGCUAGCAAAAGCACGGUGCAACUCGGUAUCAAUUAUUUUCACUUAUAGCUCAUUGAAACAAGCAGGGAAAUCCUGUUCAAAGUAUAGAUACUAAACUUUCCAUUGAAAAAAAUAGAAUAGGAGAUUUCGAUUAUGAUUAAAAUCUGAAAAGUUACUGCAGCUUUGCAGAAACAAAGAAAAAACAUCUGUAUAAAGACCUGUAUGUUUUUAUACAUGCCAUUUGUUGACAUCGAUAAAAAUGAAGGAAAAUGUCUCAAUACAAGUGUUCUCAAUACAAAAUGUAAAUAUAAUGUAAAUGUAUUUCAUUACUUUAUUAACAAUGUAAUUAACUAUAUAACUAUGUAAUUACAUUUGAAUAGUAUACCAAAACAUUAGCAAUAACUCUAGUGUUCUAAAGCUUAACCAUAACAGUAAACCAACAUCUUCAAGAAGAAAAACAACAUAUCAUCAC